UGCUGUAUGAGUUUCUAGCAGUCGUGGUUGUCGCCAUGACAGCACUGACAUUUUGGGACGGCGUGCCCGUGGUAACAGUGGAGGAGGGUCAGGUGUCUGGCAUCACGGAGAUCUCCACGAAGGGCAAGGAAUUCUACUCCUAUUAUGGCAUCCCCUUUGCCAAGCCUCCUGUGGGAGAACUCAGGCUCAAGGAUCCGGUUAAAGGAGAGAGGUGGGAAGGCGUGCGGGACGGAUCCAGAAAGCCCUCUUCAUGUCUCCUUGUGCCAUUGGCUUUCUCUGUCAUGGGCAUUCACAAAGCCCCAGAGGACAUGUACGGGGACGAAGACUGCCUCUACCUCAACGUUUUCACAUCAAACCCUAGCAAGAAACUCCCAGUGAUGGUGUGGAUCCACGGAGGAUCAUUUAUCUCUGGAAGCAGUCAUGAGUACCUGCCUCAUGUCCUUAUGAACCAUGACAUUGUGCUCGUAGUGUUGCAGUACAGACUUGGUAUCAUGGGAUUCCUAUCCACGGAGGAUGAGGUGAUUCCAGGAAACUUCGGGCUGAAGGACCAGACCCUCGCCCUCCGCUGGGUGCAGGAUAACAUCCACAACUUCGGAGGCGACGCCGACAGGGUCACCAUCUUUGGGGAGAGUGCUGGGGGCGCCUUCGUCCAUUAUCACAUUUUGUCACCUAAAUCAAAAGGUCUUUUCUCCCGCGCCAUCAUCCAGUCGGGGUCGGCCAUGGCGCCGUAUUCUCACAGGGAAGACCUCAGACUCGUGGCGCAGGAAGUAAGCCAAGCCGUCGGCUGCCCCGAAGGUCCCAGCAGCCAAGACAUCCUUGAAUGUCUUCAGCAGGUGGAUGGACGCAGAUUGGCUAUUAGGUUCCAGGAUUACUUGAAAUGGUUCGUCUUGCCGCUAGUGACGGUACCUCGUAUUGACGGGGACUUUCUACCGGAUCACCCCGCGCGCCUGAUGCGUGACGGAGACUUCAACCAAGUGGACCUCAUGGCUGGAAUCACAAGAGAGGAUGGAGCUUUUGGAACAAACCCAAUGUUAGUUCGAAAGGACCUCUUCCCUGCUUUACGAAACAACUUCAGUACCUUUGGGCCUCUUACCCUCACGGUCGGACCUGAAGUUGAAGACCCCGUUGCCUUCAGCACCAAGGUCUACCAACACUACCUGGGGAGUCUAACCAUCGACCGCGAUCACAUAGAAGAAAUCACGAAGUUAAGCACAGACUACACGUUUGCGAUACCACACGACCUGACUACCCUUUACCACGCGAGGGUCCCUGGCCUUCGUACUUACCGCUACGAGCUCAAACAUCGAUCCCAGCUGUCAAUGGGAGACUACUUCAACACAGAUAAAGGGCGUCACUGGAUUCCUCAUGCUGACGACCUGUACUACCUGUUCGCCGGCGGCCCGCUCCUCGUCCGCAGCUACUUGCCCGAUCGCCCGCGGGACCUGCAGAACGAGGAGGACCUUCGCCUCAGAGACAUCAUCACGACCAUGUGGACGAACUUCGCUGCCACGGGCAACCCAACCCCCGACGACUCCCUGGGCUUCAAGUGGGAGGCGGCGACCGAGGACGACCUUCGCUACCUCGCCCUCAAGCCCUCGCCCACCAUGGAGGCCGACCAGCGACAGGAGGCGCGAGCUUUCCACGCAUCUCUGCCAAUGCGACUGAACCAGAUUCUCUAUCCCGAACGCAUCGUCCCAUUAUGAAGUAGCACCUAAGGAAGGCAGGGAGGCGUGGUGAAGGAGCUAGUGGGGAGGGGGGUAGGGAGGGCACUAGUUUAUCCUAUGGCAUAAAUCAUUAUCCUUUUUUUUAUAUAGGCUGUGAAUCUGUCUUAUGGUUUCCUGUUCGUCAGACAGCACAUUUCCAUAACUCGUCUCUAUUUUCCGUGAUUUUUUUUUCUUGAAUGAUAUAUGUUGCAAUAAAGGAGUUUAUUAAUUGCUGUGAGCGAAAUAUUUUUAUGUAUAGCACACCUAAAACGCCAUAAAGCAUAAGCAUAGCCCAAGGGAAAAUGUUCUGCAGUGCACCAUUAUUUAUGAUACUAGACAAUAUAUUUGUUGGAUAUAUAAGGGAAUGGCUAUGCUAACCAUGAACUUAUCAGAUUAGGCAAAAAAUAUAUAUAUGUGUGUGUGUGUGUGUGUGCAGUCGCUAAAAUAAGUAUCUUUACUUUUUCUGACUUAACAAUAUGAUACGACGACGACCUAAUAAUGGUAUCCCUGACAGGGGCGUCAUUUGGGGGAGAGGGGCAGGGAGGGGCAGUUGUCUCCCCCUAUACUGUUUGCCCCUUCAAGGGCCACAGUGUUUAAUCGUUUUCCUAAUUGCCCCUACAUAGAUCCAGUUAUAGCUUAAAAUGGACCUAGAAUCACUCAUUUUCUAACUUUUUGUUCACUGCUUUGUUCUCUGCCUAUGAGACUGAGAUAGGGGUGUUGCCGAAAUCACAAUACUGUUCGAGUGGAUGGGGCUGUUAUCCUGGACAAAGUCAAAUAGUUCUGGAUAGAGGAAUACCAAGGCUCUCACCGAUGGAAGAAACAUCUCGUCCAGGAUUCCCACGUUGGUAUCCCUCGUAAAUCUGCUGGACCCGACAUCUGUACAUUCGUCAACAACCCAACACCAUUGCUAUGUAUUCACCCAAACUGCACAGCAAUUUCUUGGAUGGAUUGUUUAAAAGUGAUAAUGAUGAAAAUAAGUAAUUAAAAAGAAAAAUGACUCAUGGAAAGGGGACAUGGCAACUAGCUAUUGGUCACGCCCCCUUCUCAAACUCUGUGAGGGGUGUUGACUCUAAGCAUUAAAGGGUUUUCAUUAUCUCAUGAUAUUAAUGCACUUCAAUGCAAUGUUCCUAUUUGUCUUUCAUAAGAACAUUGAUUUAUAGAUUUGAGUAACAUUUACUUGAUCUUCCUCCAUCGUGCAUCUAGGGUGCCCAAUUCUGGCCUUGUGUCUGGUGGAUCCAGUUGCUGGGUGUCGCUGGAUCCACAGAGACGCAAUUGACUUCGAAAUACGUUUUUUAAUUCGGUCUCCAUUGCUAAUUUUGGCAUGGUACGAAGUCCUAGCCAAAUCAACUUCGAAACUUUGUUCGAGCGCAUUAUGAAGCUUCAUCUUUCCCAAGCUUUGAAAACAAUAAGUACCAACCUUUCCGAAUCAACUCCUAGCGAUCGUUCUGGUUUCAUCUACUCCCAAGUAAAGAUAUUUUUUUAG